AUGGGAAGAAAGACGACACAGCCUUAUCAGAAAUCUAAAUUUAGAAGGCUUUCAGCUAGACAGCGACGAGGGACUGCCCCCCGGGUCUGCACCCCCACGCCCAUCCUCCCCUCCCCCAGCUCCACCCCGCCUGUCAGACGCCGCGGCCGUCCCGGCUCUGCCGGCGGAGCCGACCUGGGCCCACGCCGGGAGGGCGGCGGCGCGGACGGCCCUCCCGGACUCGAGACCGCCGGAGGGGCUGAAAGAGCUGCCGACGGCGGGGAGCCGGUCGGGUCGGUCCUCGUCUCGGAACCCGGGGCCGCGGCAGGGUGGGAGCGCGGGCUGCCCCCGCCCCCCAGGCCAGAGAGAGCCCCUGGCCGCGUCCCCGGACACAGACAAAAGGACCGACAGCCGGCGACCAAGAAGCGAGCGAGGAGCCCCUGCAUUUUCAGCCUGGCCCCGGAGGGAAGGAGUCGGGGGUCCUUUUACCCGGCGCCUCGGCGCUCCGCGGCGCUCCGGGUCCCUGGGCCCCGCCUCCGGACAGACGGACCGCUGGACAAUGGGCCCGAGGCCACAGCUCGGGCCAGCCGGGCCGGGGCUCUCCGGGACUGGGCCUCGGCAGGCGCAGGGCGGCUCCGGGCCGAGCCGGUGACGGGGAGCCGAGGGGCGGCGCUGCAGACGGACAAAGCCAACGGCAGACAGACAGACGGAGGGGGAAAAGAUGGCGGCGCGGGAGGCGGGAGCGCGCUGCUCGCGCACCCGCGGCGAGUGGGGCGCGUGCACGAGCCUCUCCUCUCCCCCUCCCACUUGUCCAAAUGCCUAAAGCUGCCUCUUACAGCUUACUUGGAGGAGUAGGGAAUGCAGUGGAAAGAAGAUGGAAUCUGGUAUUAGAAGAUCCAGCUUUGAGUCUCAGCUCUGCCACUGAUGAGUCUGACGACUUUGGGCAAGUCACUUCCCUAUUCUGGGCCUCUGCUUCAUAAGACAAAAUGGAUGAUACUGUAAUAAUUUCCAGUUUCUACUCUCAUAGGGUUGUUGUACUGAGUAUGUAAAACGAACAUUUGAAAGCAUUAUGCAAAUAUUCCUAUGAUUACUUGCCCCACGAAGGCAGAGCUAAUGAGGAUGAUGAUCCUUGCUUAUAAAACAAUAAGUCCUGGUGUAUGCAUAAAGUCUCUUGCAAAUGUCCUUUUCAUAAAUCUCCAGUGAGAUGAGACCAUUGUCUGCAUUUUGUGUUUAAUGUGAAAGAAUGGCUGUAUCUUGCUUGUUCACAACUCUGUAGUAAAUAGCUUAUUCAUUCAUUCAUUCAUUCAUUGUGUCUGGGAUAUGUAGGUAGGAAUUAUUAUUCUUUAACUUCAGUUAAGGAAACAUUCUCAUUUCAUUGUAAAUUUUAAUUCCUAGGUAGCCAUAAAAUUGAAUAUUUUCAUUCAACCAAGAAUGCAAGUUGGAAUAAACAUGGGCUUUUAAAAUUAACAGUAUUCUUGAUGAGUUUAGACAGAGGUGUACAAAUACGGUUUUAUUAUGUCACUUCAAAGGUGACAUAGUUGACAUGUUCAACAUGGAAGUACCUAGCAGAUAAAGCAUUAGAAGAAAGCCUCUGGUGGAAUUUCUUGGCUUCGUUGAUAAGUUACUGUGUAAAGCUGGGCAGCUUGUUCCAUCUCCUUGAGUUGCAAAUAAAAUGAGAUGGGGACUCGAUAAUGUAAUAACCACAUUGUUUUUCUUGUGAAACCUUCACUUUGUCAAACUUUCUUGUGAAGUACCUAGCAGAUAAAGCAUUAGAAGAAAGCCUCUGGUAGAAUUUCUUGGCUUCGUUGAUAAGUUACUGUGUAAAGCUGGGCAGCUUGUUCCAUCUCCUUGAGUUGCAAAUAAAAUGAGAUGGGGACUCGAUAAUGUAAUAACCACAUUGUUUUUCUUGUGAAACCUUCACUUUGUCAAACUUUCUUGUGAAGUACCUAGCAGAUAAAGCAUUAGAAGAAAGCCUCUGGUAGAAUUUCUUGGCUUCGUUGAUAAGUUACUGUGUAAAGCUGGGCAGCUUGUUCCAUCUCCUUGAGUUGCAAAUAAAAUGAGAUGGGGACUCGAUAAUGUAAUAACCACAUUGUUUUUCUUGUGAAACCUUCAUAAGAGUGUAUAUCAAUGAUAC